UGAGGCUUGAUUUUGGAGACGGUCAUCUCUCUCAUGAUACAUGCACUUUACUAGGACUGGUAUUUACCUUGAUUUGACCUGCUAGCCAUUAGGAUAGUUGAAUAGAUGCACGUUAGUUGUGAUCAAGUACUAAAAGUCACACCACAAACAGCACUACAAGUUCAGUACAUACAGGAGCUGUCAAGACAAUGGAAGCUUGACCUGUGGAAGCCUGAUCUCAUACAAGAAAUAUAUUCUGGAGGAGAAAUACAUAUUCGUGUCCAAUCUUCCAAUGUGCAGCAGAUGAAAGAGAACCUUCUGCAACAAAAUAUACCAUUUGGGAUCAUGAUUUCUGAUGUGCAGAAGCAAAUAGAUUAUUCAAGUAUGAGUAGGAAAAGCACUGGGCGAGUAUCACUGGAAACCUAUGAUUAUGAAAUCUAUCACCCGAUGACUGAGAUUUAUGACUGGAUGGAACAGAUUAAAGAUAAAUAUGGUGAUGUUGUAACCAAAGACCUUCUGGGACACACACAUGAACAAAAUUCUAUUUACUACUUUAAAAUUGGGAGGCCAUCACAGGAGACAAAGAAAGUUAUAUUUAUGGAUUGUGGAAUUCAUGCUCGAGAAUGGAUUGCUGUAGCGUACUGCCAGUGGUUUGUAAAAGAGCUUUUGACAAGACAAAAGAGUGAUUCUUUAAUAAGGAAGCUCCUCAAACAAGUCGAUUUUUAUGUCAUACCUGUAUUAAAUAUUGAUGGAUAUAUUUACACCUGGACAACGGAACGCCUGUGGAGAAAAAAUCGUUCACCUCAAAACAAUGGAACCUGCUUUGGUGUGGACCUUAACCGCAAUUUUGAUGCAAAGUGGUGUAGUGUUGGAACAUCCGAUGACUGUGAAAGUUAUGUCUUCUGUGGCCCAAGUGCAGCUUCAGAACUUGAAACAAUAGCAAUGAUCAAACUGUUUGAAAAAGUCAAGUCCAAUAUGCUUAUGUACCUUACAAUUCACAAUUAUGGACAACUAAUUCUUCUUCCGUAUGGAUACACAACAAAUCAAUCUGCAAAUCAUUAUGAAAUGGAAACAGCUGCUAUGAAGUCUGUAGAAAAAAUGAAAGAAAAACAUGAUAAUGAAUACACAGUGGGAUCCGGAUCCGUGAUAUUAUAUGAAACUUCAGGAAGUUCAGGAGACUGGGCAGCUGAUGCUAACAUCACAUUUUCAUAUACCUAUGAACUAAGAGAUGAUGGUGAAUUUGGAUUUGAAUUACCAGCUGACCAGAUUAAACCUACUUGUGAAGAAACACUGACCUCUAUGUUGUACUUGUUUGAAUACAUAAAUGAAACAUAUUUGGAGCCUCUUGAAGAAGAGGAAGAAAACCCUGGUGGUGGUGCAGCUGCCAUUGAAUCACUAUGGAUAAAUAUAUUUCUCUUGUUUUCUGUUUGCAUAGUCUAUGUUCUCUCCCAAUAACCAUGUUCUCUCCUUAGCUCAUAUUUCUUUUUAAGUUAUCUGACUGGCAAUGUCAAACUAAAAAGUAGAACAUACUAAUUUUGCUCUAAAAUAAUUAUGUCUGAAAGGCCACUUUCAGACAACAGGGGACUACAGGGACUAUUUUCCCAUUACAUUCAGAGGCCACUUGGACCCCCAAAAUUAAUUUGGAAUAAGGGAAGUUCCAGACAUGCAGGGCCGCUGCAUUGAUUUUUGUCUACAUUGGCGAAAGUGCAUCUUGGUGAGCCCACCCUACCAUAAAUGACUUCUUCUCCUUUCUAUUCUCCAUAUGUCUGAAUCCAAGGCUGGAAUUCAGAAGUUUUAACUCUGUCUCCUCACAUCACUGGCCAAGGCUGCACCCCCAGCUGUUUUAACUCUUUGAUGGUUUCAGUGCGAUGCUUUAAUGAGCCCCACCAUCUAUAUAGCCACAAUGUUUUAGACACAUAAGUGCACUAUUACAUUUAGUGUUUUGUACUGUGAACCAUAUUUGAAACGAUUCAUAUAAAACUGUGUGUGUCAUUCUUUCUGAGGACACUGGAAUCUGAUUUUCCGCACUAGAUGCACAGCGUAGCAGAAUCCCGUUGAAUUCAACGGGACUCUGCUGCUGUGGAAUCUCAGUGCAGAAUUCCAAUCCGGAAUUCUGCAUGGAAAUUCGGAUGUGUGAACAUAGCCUAACUGGAAAAAGUUUGGACAGGUGACGUCUUCUUUAAUUGCAUUUUCUUUCCAAUUUAUUCUCCAUUUGGUCCAAGCCUUCAUAAAGAUUUUUCCCAGCCACAACUCAUCUCUGUAGAAUUGAGCUCCACAAUUUUCCAGCUUUUGCCCCACCUACAAACUUCACAACUAUAGUGGCCCAAGGUUAAAAUAGCUCACAGUAAUAGAAGCCCCAUAGUGCUACCCACACCGUAAGGGUGCAUACAGUAGUUGUGCCCCCUUUUGUGCUCUAACACAGAUGUGCCCUCUUUUUACCACCAUGCAGUGAUAUUACCAUUUUGUGCCCUCACACAGGUGGUAUUUUUCUAUUGUCAGCAAACAGAACAUAAGUAGACCGCCUAUGUUGUAGAUUUAUAGUAGAUAAACUAUCUGAUUAGGUAAGCAUAUAGGUAAUCCCCCAUUUCCCCCUUUCCCUACUAAUUCCCUCCUUUCCCCAACAUUUUCCCCCAUUAGAUUGCUUCCUCCCUCCCCUCCCAAUAGCUCAUCUUUGUACUUUUUCCUCACAGGUCCUUCCUCAAUAGUGCUCCUUUGUAUUAAUAUUUCACGCAGUAACGGUAAUAUAGGUAGGUCCCCCUCACAUAGGAUAAGUAGGGAGUUCUUCCCCAAUAGUGCCCCUUUGCAUUAUUUCCCCAACAUAAGGUAAGAUAGGUACAUAGGUCCCCCCAUAUAACACACCAUAGCUAGGUUCCCCCUUAACCAUGCCCCCUUAUCUCCAAUAUCCACCUAUUCAUGAUAUAUAAAAUAAACAAUACCGGAGCUAAUUAGGACCACAUUUUAUUUUAUGAGUAUAUAACAUGCAUAUAAAAUUGAUUUUUUUGUUUAAUUUUGUUUAAUUUGUUAUAUUGUGAA